AUGGGGCAUAGACACAUAUAUAAUGCAUCAUCUCCAAUGUUUGAGGGUGAAGCUGACCAAAAUUGGAAUCACAUGCAUACUGAUCAACAUCAUGUGAACCAUGAGGGGACUAGCUCUUCAGAAAAUGGUUCUUUUAUUUAUCCUGUGGAAAAUAUAUCUAUAGAUAAUAUUUAUUUCCCCUCUCAUUGGAACUCUAACUCAAGAUCAAAUGGAUAUGCAUCCUCAGGCUCCAGCAUUGAAGUGCCUCCUCCUCCUCCACCACCUCUUCCUCAGCAAUUGGACACAGCAGGCACUUCUAACGAUCAUUUUAUGCAUACAUCUAAUGCUGGACCUUUCUUUGCAGUAUCUGAAAAUUAUGUACACCCGCCUCCGUCUUCUUCCAAUUAUGACAGACAUGCAUAUCAUGUUGAUAAUGGUUUUAUUGAUCUUACAAUGGGAAGUGGACGGGGGCAUCACAAGAGGAAGAGCCCUGGAAUUCCUUCAGUUUACGAGAGAGGCAGUUCAAGUGGAUAUUUUAAUGCUGGGAGCUCAACCGAUCUUCCUACACCUCCAGAAUCAUGGCCAGAGAAACCAAAUAUGAAUUCUCAAUAUAUGCCAUGGGAUCAUGUUGCUAUGACACCCACAUUUAGAGGUGCUGGCCUCACAAUGAAGGGUGAGAGUUCUGUACGGAAUGUAAGGAGCCGUUCUGCACUUGAUUUGGAAUCCAACCUGCCUAGGACCCAUCUAUCAAUUAACCAUUCACUCAACUCUUACCUUACUGCCUCACCAUUCGGCCAUUGUAGCUUGGCGGAUCUUUCAGCUCAGGUUACUACCCCUUUGACAAGGGAUUGGAGCCAAAUGAAUGUAACUCCUGCUAAUGGAAGAGGGUUAUUACCAGAUUCUAGUACUUCUGGUCUUGAGACAAGUCACUUCCCUGUUGGAAACGCUGCUGCUGCUAGUAAUGCACCUGUAGAUGUUGGAAGCUUCCAUCAUGAAUUUAGUACAAGCAGAAAUCCUACUACUGCUCAAAGUUUUCAAAAUUUGACUCAAACUGCUAGGGGAACUCGAAGUAAUUACUCUCAGAGAUCCACUCCAGCUUUUAGGGCUUCUUCAAACUUGCGCUUGGGACAGGCGGCGCCUUCAGAUAUUGGAUUGCCUAUGGUAGCUGAAGGUUACUCUUCUAGACAUCCAAGGCCAUUGGCCACUGUUGGCUGGCGGAAUGGUGACAGAAAUGGAAGGUCUAGAAUUUCCAGUGAAAGAUAUAGAUCAUUGGCCGAUGAGGCUGGUCUCCAUGCAAGAUUUUCCUCUGAGGUACCGGGCUUCAUGAUUGUUGAGCGUGCUUCACUGUAUGGCUCUAGGAAUAUACUUGAUCAGCACAGAGACAUGAGAAUGGACGUAGAUAACAUGAGCUACGAGGAACUUCUUGCACUUGGGGAGAGGAUUGGCCAGGUGAAUACAGGAUUGUCUGAGGAUGUGCUUUCCAAGUGUUUGACAGAAACAAUAUAUUGUUCAUCUGACCAAUGCCAGGAGGAUGAAGGAAGCUGUGUGAUCUGUCUGGAAGAGUACAAGAAUAUGGACGAUGUUGGGACACUUAAAACUUGUGGACAUGACUAUCAUGUGAGCUGCAUUAAAAAGUGGUUAUCUAUGAAGAAACUAUGUCCUAUCUGCAAAUCUUCUGUUUUGCCUGAGGAUAAGAAGGAUAAAUAA